AUGUCGAAAGUUUACGCCCCAGCUCCCGAGCCAAAAACUGAGCUUGGGAGAUAUCGAAUCCUCUCUUCUACGGCCGGCAUCCGUGUGUCUCCUCUCCAACUAGGAGCGAUGUCAAUUGGUAAUGGGUGGAGUGAAUUUAUGGGCUCGAUGGAUAAAGAACAGUCUUUUAAGCUCCUCGAUUACUUCUUUGAAGCUGGCGGCAACUUCAUUGACACUGCAAAUUGCUACCAAGAUGAUGACUCCGAGAAAUGGCUUGGCGAGUGGAUGUCAACACGGCAAAAUCGUGACCAGAUGGUUAUUGCUACGAAAUAUACUACUGACUAUAAGUCAUACGCUCUUGGCAAAGGGCGGGCGCCAAAUUCCUGCGGUAAUUCGCGACGAAGUAUGCAUACUAGUGUUCGCGAUUCACUCCUUAAGCUGCAAACCGAUUGGAUCGAUAUCCUCUAUGUUCAUUGGUGGGAUUUUACCUCUUCCAUCAAAGAAAUCAUGGAUAGCCUGCACAUUCUCGUUGAGCAAGGCAAAGUCCUCUAUUUAGGAGUCUCGGAUACCCCUGCCUGGAUCGUUAGUGCGGCCAACGAAUAUGCAGCCGCGUUUGGCAAGACUCCGUUUAGCAUUUAUCAGGGCCGUUGGAAUAUUAUGUUGCGUGACUUUGAAAGGGAAAUUAUUCCAAUGGCCCGUCAAUAUGGAAUGGCUCUUGCGCCAUGGGAUGUUCUUGGCGGAGGCAAGUUCCAAACGAAGAAGGCUUUGGAAGAGCGUGCGAAAAAUGGUGAAGGGCUACGCUCUACACGCGGCAAUGAACAAACUGAAGACGAAAGGAAAUUCAGUGAGGCGCUGGAGAAGGUUGCCGGAGAACAUGGCAUCGAGUCCAUCACGGCAAUUGCUCUCGCUUAUGUACGAGCCAAGGCGACCCGUGUGUUUCCUAUGGUUGGCGGCCGCAAGAUUGAGCAUCUCAGAGAUAACAUUCAGGCUUUAAGCAUCAAGCUGUCGCAAGAGCAGGUAGAUUACCUGGAAAGCGUGAAGCCUUUUGAAAUUGGAUUCCCCAACAACUUCAUCGGGCCCGAUCCUCAUGUCACGGGUCAUUUCACGGGGCUCGCUGCAGCAAGCGCAGCUCUUGCGGUUGAACAAUCACCCAAGCCGACGGGCCUUGCAUGA